CGUCAACAGCGUGCGAGAGCAAUUGAGUCGGUGCAUUUGAUUUGCUGGUAGCACGAAUAACCUUUUCACCCCUGCUGGACUUUGCUUACUACACGUCACUUCGUGUGCACUGUGUUGUUCCUCUUCCAAGCUCAUUCCUACAUCCCAAAAAAGAAGAACCAACAAGAACCUGGGGAAAUAGAACCAUGGCACCAAUUUUUGAAGUUUGCCUGGAUAGUGUGGCCUCGGCCAUUAUUGCAGAGAGGACUGGAGGAAAGAGAAUUGAGCUGUGCGCGGGGCUCAUGGAAGGUGGUAUCACGCCUUCGGCAGGACUGAUCUCCACCGUGAAAGCGAAAACCUCGCUCCCAGUCAUGGUAAUGAUCCGCCCCAGAGGAGGCGACUUUUGUUACGAUGAUGAUGAGUUCGAGGCCAUGUUGCAGGACAUCAAGUUUUGCCAUUCGCUGAAAAUAGAGGGCGUCGUCUUUGGAGUUCUCUUACCUGACGGCUCAGUAGACAAGGUCCGUGUGAAAAGACUAGUUGAAGCCGCACAUCCAAUGCUAGUCACAUUCCACCGCGCAUUUGACAUGGUCAAGGACCCUUUCCAGGCACUUGAAGACAUUAUCGCCAUCGGUGGAAUCCAAAGAAUUCUCACCAGCGGAUGCGAACGCUCUGCGUACGAGGGUCUUGACAUGCUUGUCGAGCUGUUCAAGCGGGCCAAUGGCAGGAUUAUCAUCAUGCCAGGAGCUGGUAUCACUGAUCGGAACGUGAACAAGAUUGUAUCGGCAACAGGCGCGUCUGAAAUACAUGUGGGUGCUGGAGGCACCAAAGAAUCUAGGAUGGAGUUCAGGAACCCGUACUGCUCUAUGGGGUACGCCAUAUCUGCUCCAGAGUACUCGCUCAAGGUCACGAGUGAGGGCAAACUUGGGGGUAUUAUUCAAAAGUUCUAGGUAGUGCCUAUAUUCCUUCUUAUUUGUACGAUCACUUAGGAGAGAGAAUUUUCAUUUGGGUGGUCAUAAUCAUAAAGUGAGUUCAGACUAUUGCAUAUUUGCCGUCUA